AUGACACGAUGUCAGAAAUUGUGUGCAUCUGGCGAUAGCGGUGCUAGAAUGUCAACGGUGAUCAUCAGCUGUCCCGUAUGCUCUCAUCAACGAUGCAACGACUGCCAUGUUGAGUGGAUCGAAACUCCACAACGUCAUUACAUGUCUUCAUCACAUUCGACUUCAAAUACCAGGUCUACGAGAGCCGCAGGAUCCAGAGUCCGGGAUAGAGGCAGUAGCAGAGGGAGGGAAAGCGGAAACGGAGAUGAAGACGGUCAAAAUCAGCAGUCAGAUGUCGUACUAGAGUCUACGAUCGAUUCAGCCAUCAACACGGCAUUGUUGCAGGACGCUGAGAUAUCUGAUUUGGCUGGGUUAAACCCGGGCUUGAUCCCUCAAGAUCCUGAUGCAUCUAAGCCGCAAGAGGGUAAAGUCAAAGAAUUUGAUACUGAUCAUUAUAAGUUGAAUAUGGUUGGCACUACUAAGAAAAGCGCUAAAAGUUCCAACGCGGAAGAGAGGAUUUUUAAAGGAGGUGGCAUUUCCAGCCUCAAACAAGAGUCUUUGGACUUGCAAGGCCCUCUGAAUUUGCAAAGCCCUAUGGAUGGCCCCACUUCCUAUUCUGAAGAUAUUACCCUUCUUGAACAUAGAGUCCUCCAGCUAGGACAAAACACCUUCCAGAAAAUAGAAGAAGAUGUCGAGAGUAGGCGAUACGUAUUAUCGUUGCGAAAGUUGGGUUAUGGAACGGAACCCUUCACGCCUCUUAGUGCAACUUCUGAUCAACAGCUCAGAAUAAACGACUACAUGCAGGCUCUGACGUCAGUAAGUAUAGAGACGUUAUCUUCAAUAAUAAAAGGAACGCAAUUGCUACAGAACGAAUGGUUCUGUAACAGCUCCACGUAUAAUAAUAUUGUGGCAGAUAAAGAUCGUCCAAAGGUUCUCAAUGUUCGACCGAUUAGUAUGCCCAGCUUAUCACUACUGCUCGAACUUCUCCGUGAGGUGCAAGAAUUCAUUCGGCAAGAAGACAAUCAGCGACGAGACUCGGUUUUAGAGGAUGUAGCAGAGAUAUUAUUGCACAUGGUUGUGAGUCUUAGCCUGGGUAUCCCUCAAACCGUUUUGGCUGUGAAUAAGCACAAUCUAGAACGACAACAAGAUAUCUGCCAUUUGUUGAGCUCUAUUCUAAGCGUUGUGCAUGUCGCAUUACUAUCACUUGUCAGGCCGCAUUUUGAUAAUUCUGGGUACACACCGAGCAGGUCAUUAAGUGAUGGGUUGCACAUCGAGUGUCCUGGAGGUGCAUUGUUCUUGGCAGCCCGACGAUUGAAGUGUUGA